AGACAAACGAUUCGUCUAAUGGAUUUAAAUUCCAUUGCGCUUACCAGAUGGCUUCUCCACUCGAGCCUGCCGAUACUGGAACGAUCUUCAUAUUCACUGUUGUUUGCCUCAUCUUCAACUCCAACAUAAAUCCACAAUUUAUAAACAUCAACACUCAACCAGCUCAUAUUGAACAUACGAGCUAAUGAUUCAUAACGCAAAGUGUUAGAGCCACAGCUUUCCAGAAGUGUGAGAUUUCUUAUCGGAAUGGUGUAAGAAACGACCACAUGCGGGUUGAUGCGGUUAAAAUGGUGUUCCCUUCAAACAUCCAUUACACCGAGGGGAGAUUCGGAUUAACAUGCCUGAAUCUCACCACAGAACCACAUUGCGUUUCGGGUCUUUCUCGCAAUAUUUACAUACAAAUACUCUCUCUCUAAUGCACAACAUACAUAACAUUACGCACACAAUAGCACCCUUACCCUUUGCAUCUCCCCAUUUUUUUUUUGGUGGGGACACCCUUUUGAGUGUUGAACUUUCCUUUUUCUCUCCCCUUUUCAUCCACCCUCCACAGCCACAAUUCGCCCAAAAACAGCCAUUAGAACAACCAUUAAGUACAAUUGCCAGUUCCCGCAUUUGCCAGAACGGUUCGAUUGUUCCUUUGAUGGUAAUGGCGCUGCCAGUGACACUCUCCAUCACGGGAAACGAUCGCACCCAGCUCGGUCCGCAUUGCACAGUGCGUGCGUUGCAUUUACAAUUGCAAUCCGCACUUGCGUGCGGCGGUGUGUUUGCGGAAGGAAUAGAGGCAGCAGAAUGGAACGGAUCAGCCGGGGCAACAUAUUUGUUUUGUUUCUCUCCGCGCGGGCACGCGGUACGCAGAAACGCACUCCAGCCACGGCAAGAUCUUUCUCCAUAUGCGCAACGAUCGGUCUUGCGAUCCCGUACGAGAAGGAACGAACAAAACGAACAAACCGCGUUCGAGAAAGAUUAUAUUUUUAGUUUCUGCUCUUCUCUCGCUCGUAUGCCUGUGUGUUCAUUAUUCUGUGCCCUGUGCGGAAGAAGAAACGGCGCAAACUACGGCAUCGGAAGGCGGCAAACGACUUCAGCAUUCUGAUAAGUUUCUUGUCCAUUCACACACUGUUCCCUUCGCCAUUUCGGUGACGUCCGGUAGCAAAAGGGUUCUCGUUGCAUUGCCCGUCGGUAGGCCGCGCGCAACGGAAUAAAUCAUUUCGGACAUUGGGUGACAAAUUUCGACGACUUCGAUCGAGUGCCAUCCAUCGAUUGAAACGUGCGGGAGAAAGGCGACAGGAGUGGUGGACAAACAUCCCGGAGGGUGAAGGAAACGGUUCCAAAAACCGAGACCACCGUACCGGGUACGAUACCGAUCGUCGAGAUCCUCAGUCAGUUGACGAGCAGGAACCGCACAGGACGCAUUCUUCAGUGGCUUCUUCAUUCUUAAACCUCUGUCUCUCUUACGGGUUUAAGAGAUUCUCAAGAGUGUUUGUGUGAUUUAAAGUGUACGCAAGACAUCGAACCGCAUAGUAACGAUGCUUUAUCUGAAGAUCAUUGUGACGGGUGCUGUACUGCUCCUGGCAAUCCUAUCCACCGCAACCGUUAAUGCCGCAUGCUCCAAAACGAACGUGAAAACGAGGACGGAGAUUAAGAAUGGAAAACGGGUGACGGUGAUCGAUCAACCGUGCUGCAAGGGAUACAAGCGGGUAAAGUUACGCUGUCUGCCGAUCUGUUCUCUACCGUGCGAGAAUGCUAAAUGUACAGCACCGGAUGUCUGCACCUGCAACGAUGGUUACGAGAAGCUGUCCAACCAUCGAUGCAUUCCGCACUGCAGCGAUUGUGAUAAUGGGAUCUGCACAAGGCCUGGCUAUUGCCAGUGUCAUACCGGGUAUACCCGAGCCGACAAUGGGACGUGUGUGGCCGAAUGUAACAACUGUGCGAAUGGGUACUGUACGCUACCAGAUGCCUGCCAAUGUUACGAUGGUUACGAACUGCAGGAACUCAAUGGGCAACGUUCUUGUAGGCCACUCUGUGAAGGAGGCUGUCUGAAUGGGCAAUGUGUCGCUCCGGAUGAGUGUUUGUGUGGGGUUGGCUUUACCCUUUCACCGUACGGAGCGUGUGUUCUUCCGACCACACCUGCACCUCGCUGUCCGGAAGGAUAUGUUGAGGAUAUCGACGGGUGUCGUCCGGUAUGUUCCGAACCGUGCCAAAAUGGAACCUGCGUUGGACCGGACCAGUGUGAAUGUUUUCCGGGCUAUUCGAACGAUAACUCCAGCUCCCCAUUCGUAUGUGAACCGGUGUGUAAUGGAAGUUGUGCCAAUGGGGAUUGCAUAGCGCCGGGUGUCUGUAUCUGUCACGCCCAGUAUGGGAAGAUCGGGGAUGAGUGUAUACCGCUGUGUGAACGAUGCACCCUGGGACACUGUGUACAACCGAAUGUGUGCGUGUGCGACCGUGGCUACCGGCUGAUUGAUGGUGAUUGUGAACCGAUCUGCGAGACGGAAUGUAUUAAUGCGAUCUGUACCGGACCGAACGCUUGCACCUGUCUGCCGGGGUACAAUUAUACCGAUAUUAAUGCACUCUUCGAUUGUUUGCCGGUUUGUGAGAUGGAAUGCAUCAAUGGGCGCUGUGUGGAACCGGAAAAGUGUGAAUGCAAUGAAGGAUACGUAACGGAUGAGGAAAAUACGUGCAUCCAUCCGGAUGAUUUGUGCCGCAUGAAGUGUACCAAUGGGCAAUGCCACGGCGCCGAAUGUAUCUGUGAUGAGGGCUACAUUAAGCAUCCUACCGAUGGCCAUUGUGAGAAAACUUGCCCCAACGGUUGCACGUACGGAGAUUGCAGCGGUGGCGAAUGUUUCUGCCACGAUGGUUAUCGUCUAUCGCUGGACAAUGUGUCCGUGUGUGAACCAAUCUGUGGUGAGGAUUACGAUUACAGCAGUGUUGGUUGCAUUAAUGGACGGUGCAUUCGGCCGAAUGUGUGCCAGUGUGAUGAAGGCUAUGAGUUUGUGGAUACCAACCAGACACGGUGCGAAUCGGUGGAAGAACUCACACGCCAACGUUUAGCGCAGGAACGGAUGGCCGAGUGUCGUCGAAGCUGUCGGCAUGGAAAGUGUCGGGCGGGUGAGUGUCGGUGUAAUGAAGGAUAUGGCCAUCCGGAAGGGAACACGCUCAACUGCAAACCGGUGUGUAUGGAACCGUGCCGUAACGGAACCUGUGUUCGGCCAGAUCAGUGUGAAUGUAAGUCCGGGUUUGUGUUUGUUGAAGGUAGCCAAAGCCACUGUCGAUCGGAGGAAGAACUAUUGCGAGAAGCGUACGAACGGUGUACAGGUCGGUGUCGGAAUGGCGAUUGCCAUGGUGAACAGUGUUUCUGCAUGCUAGGGUAUAAGGCAACCGAUCUCGAUCCGUACGAUUGUCAGCCAGUUUGUGAGCGACCCUGCAUUAAUGGAACGUGCGCCGGAAACGAUCGGUGUCACUGUUGGGAGGGUUAUGAAAUGAAUUCCGAGGAUAAUCAUAGUUGUAACCCGAUCUGUGCGGCUGCUUGUAUCAAUGGGGAUUGCAUCGGUCCGGAACUGUGUGCAUGCCGUGCAGGAUAUAUUCUGGCCGAGGAUAGUAACAGCAUCUGUGUAAAGGAGGAAACUCCAGAGGAACGAUCAGCUCGUCUACGUCAGCUAGCAUGCGAACGGGAAUGCUCGAAUGGUUGGUGUGAACAGGGCGAGUGUCGUUGUGUGGAAGGUUUCUAUCACGAAAACGAUAACACGUUCCGGUGCGAACCAUACUGUGAGCGACCGUGCGAAAUGGGACGCUGUAUCGGUAACGAUACCUGCGAAUGUCUCGUACGACACGAACUCGUCGAACCGUUCGUAUGUGGUCCCAUCUGUAGCGAGGAUUGUGUUCGAGGAUACUGUGCAGCGCCAGAUCUCUGUCGCUGUCACGAUGGUUACGAAAUGGUGAACGGAUCGAGCAAUGUGUGCGAACCGGUGUGUGGUGAGGACGGCUGCACUAAUGGUGUUUGUGUAGGACCAAACGAAUGUAGCUGCCUGGAUGGGUAUUAUCAGGAUCAGGACGAUCCUCUACUGUGUCACCGCGAGCUAAGCGUUAUUCAACAGAUGCAUGAACAAAGUAACUCCGGAAGCGAUUAUUACAAGAUGUCCUACAUACAUUAUUUCAUCCCGGUGAUCGCAGCCGUAGCACUGAUCGUAGCCGUCCUAGUUGUGAAGAUGAUCGUGCGGAACCGCCAGAAGGACUAUCACGUCGGCAAGCUCGGUAAUGUACAAGCUCGGCGUCGAAAGUCAUCGAGUAGCAGGGCCAGCAAGCGUGACACUGCCAACCGUACCACCGAUUAUAAUGAUUACAAUCUGGUCGUUCUCUUCCCUACAGAGAGCAAGGAAAACUGUGUCUACUUCAUGCCGAAACCGGACUCCAAGACGAACGAGCUUACAAAAUUGAAUCUCGAAAUUGAAACCAUCUGAAACACCGGCUUGGGGAUCUUGAAAAAAAAAAAAUACAAGCGAACCAACGUACGGUUAGCUUGCACGAAAUUCGCACACGCUCCUACAGUGAAGGAGGGAACCUCCUACCUUGGAUAGGCGAGACACGCAUCGGUUUUCCAUUUUUGCCUCUGUAAAUAUGUGUACCAAUGUUGCUUCUUAGGAAGUGACUACAACCUCGUAGUUUAGUUUGUUAGUUAGUAGAAAUUUAGCAAAAGAUUUCGAUUUAAUUACGUAAAUAAAAAUUUGAUUGAUUAAAUUGAAA